GAGAAUGAGAGAGUGCACUGGGGUAUUUACAAGGAGGUUCUUCUUUUCGACCUGUUCUAUAUGAGCUGCCUCCACUUUGGGGACUACUGCGAUGAGAUUUGCUUUUAUCAUUAGGAGACAGAGAUUUAAUUAGAUUUCCAUCCUACUGUGGGCGUAGAGGAUGUUUUGAGAGCAGGAACAGCAUAGAGUAAAGAAAGGGUGAGGCAGGGAGAAGGAAUGAAAGAGGCAAGGGUAGCUCUAAUCCCAUUUAAUCUGCUGGAAAUCCUACUUCUUAACUGUUCAGAACCUCUGCAAAAAUUUAUAUAGUAUGUCUAUUCUCUUGCUUUUUUCUGCUUUUCUCUACCCUGGUUUAUCCCCUUUCUCUCUCCACUUUUCCCACUUUGGCAUUUGACCAAAGAACAGAUGACGGAGACAUUUCAGCUAUUUAGGGCAAUAACUUUCACCACCAAAAUUCUUUACCCUCAGGUUCAAAAAGAGCUUCGAUUCUUCUAAAUCUGCUCCUGAUGGAAGAGGUGGUGAUGGCAUAAAGAAAAGUGACAAUUCCAGAACAUAACAAGCAACUGCCUGCCACUUUCUCACCUGCAAUUCUAUAUUUAUCACUCUUUCCUGCUAUGGAGACAGAUAAGCAGGGCACAGUGAAGGAAACCCCCUAGGAGAAUGAGAAGGGAUCGAGUUGGAGUAAGGACCAGCUUCUGAGCUCUGGGAAGUGGCAACGUUAAGAAGACAAAAAGAUGGAGACCGUCACACUUAUUGUCAGCUCCAGACUCAGGAGCAAGUUUGUUCACUGGAGACUCUUCUGUUUCAUUUGCUCGCUAGACGUAUGCAUCUCCAGGACUGCCCAGCAAGUAAUCAGGUUUGGAGGAAUUUUUGAAACUGCAGAAAAUGAACCAAUUAAUGUUGAAGAAUUAGCUUUCAAGUUUGCAGUAACCAACAUUAACAGAAACCGAACACUUAUACUUAAUAACACAUUAACUUAUGAUAUCCAGAGAAUUAAUCUUUUUGAUAGUUUUGAAGCCUCAAGAAGAGCAUGUGACCAGCUUGCACUUGGGGUGGCUGCACUAUUUGGCCCAUCCCAUAUCUCUUCAGUCAGUGCUGUACAGUCUAUUUGCAAUGCCCUUGAAGUUCCUCACAUACAGACUCACUGGAAACAUCCAACAGCGGAUAAAAACGAUAUGUUUUAUAUCAACCUCUAUCCGGAUUAUGCAGCCUUCAGUAGGGCUGUCCUGGACUUGAUACUCUACUAUAACUGGAAAAUAGUGACCGUAGUAUAUGAAGACAACACAGGUCUAAUUCGCCUGCAAGAGCUGAUCAAGGCUCCUUCCAAAUACAAUAUUAAAAUAAAAAUCCGCCAACUGCCCUCUGGGAAUAAAGAUGCCAAGCCCUUGCUGAAGGAAAUGAAGAAAGGAAAGGAGUUCUAUGUGAUAUUUGAUUGUUCAUAUGAAAUGGCAGCUGAAAUACUUAAGCAGAUUCUUUUUAUGGGUAUGAUGACUGAAUAUUAUCACUACUUUUUCACAACACUGGAUUUCUUUGCACUAGACCUGGAAAUCUACAGAUACAGUGGAGUAAAUAUGACUGGAUUUCGGCUACUUAAUAUCGAUAAUCCUCGAGUUUCAUCCAUUAUUGAAAAAUGGUCAAUGGAAAGACUGCAAGCUCUACCCAAGUCAGAGAUGGGUCUACUUAAUGGCAUAAUGACAACUGAAGCAGCUUUGAUGUAUGAUGCUGUGUACGCCGUGGCUAUUGCCUCUCACCAAGCUUCUCAGAUGACAAUCAGCUCCCUGCAGUGUCACCGACAUAAACCAUGGCGCUUUGGACACAGAUUUAUUAAUUUGAUCAAAGAGGCGCAAUUGGAUGGUUUGACUGGGCGCAUCACCUUCAAUAAAACAGAUGGCUUAAGGAAAGAUUUUGAUUUGGACAUUAUUAGUCUCAAGGAGGAAGGGACAAAAAAGAUUGGAAUUUGGAAUUCCAACAGUGGUCUUAAUAUGACUGACAGCAAUAAAGACAGGUCCACUAACAUCACUGACUCACUAGCUAAUCGAACGCUUAUAGUUACCACCAUUCUGGAAGAGCCCUACGUAAUGUUCAAAAAGUCGGACAAGCCUCUGUAUGGGAAUAAUAGAUUUGAAGGGUACUGCCUGGAUUUGCUUAAAGAGUUGUCAAAUAUUCUGGGUUUCACUUAUGAUGUUAAACUAGUACCUGAUGGUAAAUAUGGAGCCCAGAAUGACAAAGGAGAAUGGAAUGGGAUGGUCAAAGAACUUAUAGAUCAUAAAGCCGACCUGGCAGUUGCUCCUCUUACAAUUACCUAUGUGAGAGAGAAGGUCAUUGACUUUUCCAAACCCUUCAUGACACUGGGCAUUAGCAUUUUAUACAGGAAACCCAACGGCACAAAUCCUGGUGUCUUCUCCUUCCUCAAUCCUCUCUCGCCUGACAUUUGGAUGUAUGUUCUCUUAGCCUGCCUUGGAGUCAGUUGUGUCCUCUUUGUGAUUGCAAGGUUUACACCCUA